GAGGAAGGAGAGACUGCCGCGCACGCGCACUCAGCGAGGCUUGCUACCAGCCUGCUGUUUUCCCGUCCUUCUCCGCGUGAGCCGCGGCGUGAAGCGCGUGCUUGGCGUCCUUGCAGCUCUUCGAUGGCUAUCCUCUUUUUCGAAGAUGACGAGGCCAGCCGUCAUUUCUUCCUGCCUUUGGUCCGUCAGGCAGUCGGUUGGGACCUGUUGCUACCUUCGUUAUUUCCUGCAAUACAGUGGAUACAGUUUGUUAUGGCUACUCUGAGUGUUAUAGGUUCAAGUUCACUUAUUGCCUAUGCUGUAUUCCAGAACAUACAGAAAUCUCCAGAGAUAAGGCCACUCGUUUAUCUGAGCUUCUCUGACCUCCUCCUGGGGAUAUACUGGCUCAUUGAGGCACUUCUCUAUGGAACUUCAGCAGCCAAUAAGGACAUCGUCUGCUAUAACUUGCAAGCAGUUGGACAGAUACUCUACAUUUCCUCAUUUUUCUACACUGUCAAUUACAUCUGGUACCUGUACAAAGAGCUGAGGAUGAAACCCCACCAGAGUGGACAGAGCACAGUUCCACUGGUUAUAGGUUAUACCUGUCGAGUUAGUCAAAUAGCCAUCAUUUUGUCAAGCCUGAUACCUCUACUAUUGAUGAUACCUGUAUUCUGUUUGGGUAAUGCCAGUGAAUGUUUCCGCAACUUCAGCCAGAGCCACAGGUGUAUCCUGAUGUACUCACCACCAACAUCCAUGGCUAAAGUCCUGCCUUCUGCCAACAUAUCAGUCUGUAGCACACUUUAUUUUUAUGGGCUUAUCAUUUUCCUGGCCAGCUUUCUACUCAGCCUCCUCACCAUUGUGGUCUUACUCAUUCAAGCCCAGACACUUUACAAGAAGUUUCUGAAAUCGACUGGCUUUCUGGGGAGUGAACAGUGGGCAGUGAUUCACAUUGUGGAGCAGCGAGUACGCUUCUACCCCGUGGCCUUCUUUUGCUGCUGGGGCCCAGCCGUCAUUCUGAUGAUCAUAAAGAUGACUAAGCCACAGGACACCAAACUUCACAUGGCCCUCUAUGUUCUCCAGAUGAAGAAACUGAAACCAAAAGAGGAAAAGUUACUCAGUGAAGAACAAGCAGUAGGAUACCAGAACAGCGUCCAAGUUCCAGUCCGCUAAGCCUCUGACACAGUACCUGUCAGAGUUACACCAAAGGGGACAGUUUACUGAAAAUCACACCAGCGACCUGCAGCUUGAGACAGACUGCUGGAAGGCUGAAGAGGGUAGUCACUGGCAGUCAACAAUCAACAACUGAAAAAACUCUACAUAAAUACUUUCAAAAACCUUUUUCUUUCUUGGAAUCAGCAAUUUAUUAUCAGUGUUUGCCGAGGUCAAGGACAUGAAGAUUAAGUCCCUGAAGGAGAAUUUAUCUCUUCUUCCUCUCGAUCUGAGGUUACUUUUCCCUAGGGGAGUCCCUUAUGCCUUUGAAAGCAGUGAAAGCAGAAUGGUGCUGGCCAGCAGUUCAGGUUCGAGGUAUUUGUUGCCAUGAGGGACUGUAAUAGUCACAUGGGUCUGGGUGUUAAGUGCUCCAAGGAGGUAACCACUGCCAUCCACAGGGCCAUCCUCCUGGCCAACCACUCCGCUGUCAUGGGUAAUGGGACUCCUGGAAACACAAGAUUGGCAAACCCCAUACAGUUCCUUGAAGGUGACAGGAUACUGCAGCUCUCUGCUGGUAUGCUUCAACCUUGCACCCAGAUCCACUGCUAGUGUCUUGGUCUUCAUGGCCACAAAGCUGCUGCUGACAGCAGGCACUGAAAACUGU